AUGAUCUUUACACGUAAGAGUUCUCCUAUUAGAUUUAACUACAUUGUAAGUGGUUAUUCUUUGGUUCCACUCAACAAAUCUGUUAAUGAUUUAGGUUUUGUCUUUGAUCCCAAGCUAAAUCCUAGCUUGCAUAUAGAACAGGUCUGCUGCAAACCUCUCAAAACCCUCGGUUUUGUCAAACGGGUAGCUACCGAAAUCAAAUUAGUAUCCCCUUUAAAAGCGCUUUACUGCUCGCUUGUUAGGCCAAUCUUAGAAUAUGGCUCGGUCAUCUGCGACCCUCAAACGGCUUGUAAUUCAGUCAUGCUCGAAAGAGUUCAAUGA